AUGAGUGCAAAAAUAACUCAACGUCGUCGACAACUCGACAAUAAACGUUCAACAAGUAUUAACAAUGAAAAUACAAAUGGAAAUCCUAAUAUUGUUGCAGCAGCUGCUGCAGCUAGACGACGAAAUCAACAUCGUCAUUAUCCAUCAUCAAAUCGAUCUCGUUUUGAAUAUUUAUUUAAAAAUAUAAUGAAAAAAAAAUUUCCAAUUACAAUACCAUCUUAUUUAAUGACAAUUAUUGUUGGAAUAUUAACAGCAUUUUUUUUAUAUAGAGUCAUAAAUACUAUUAUUGAUUAUCGUAAUCAAUAUGAAUAUACAAAUAUUCCAAUUAAAUUACCAAAACUUAUUAAUAUCAAUGAUACAACACCAAAAUUUAGUCCACAAAGAUUUUGGGGAACAUAUAGGUAAAGAAAAAAAAAACGUUGUUAGCACAAUUUCAGUGAAAUUAAAAUGUGAAAUACGUUAUAAUCAUUGUGGCUAUAUUACAGAAAGAUUAUUUUAUUUGAUCUAUUUUAGAACACAUUUUUCUUUUUUUGUACUUAAUUUCCCAGAAAAUACAUUAAGGAAGUAAUUCAUAUAUUAUAACGAGAUAUUAUUUAUACAGAGAGAGGUGUAAAACAGUGUGUAGUGAUCAGCGGUUCACGAGGAAAUCUCUUCAAAAGUCAAAUGACUUUUCUAUUACUCAUGAAAUGAACAUCGUCUCAGUCGACAAACGAUGUAACUCCGCAAAAUUAAAACUUAUAUUCUCCGAAAUAAUGAACUUGCCUAGAGCUAAUUUUUAUGGAUUAUAUUUAUGAUACUCUGAAAUGCUAGAAAAUCUAUAUCGAAAGUUUUCUUUGAGUAUGACUAAAUUUUUCAAAAAACAUCGAUUUAUCCUACAUUAGAGACUUGACUGAGUACGAAAAAAAAAGUGU